CCUCCCAGCCCCUUUGUGACUUCAAACACGCAACCCCGAACAGAGUCGAGCGAGAGAGAGAUAGCCAUGGCGAUUUGGAGCUCCGCCUCGCCGCUCGAUCUAGUGUUUUGGUGGUGGCUUGUCCGUGCUCUCCGUCGUGUUGCCCCGCUUCCUCCGCCUCCCUUCUGUUCCCGCCGUCGGGAUCUGCGGCAUCUCUCGGCCCCGCACCGACCCGUCCCCAUUUCCGCCGCUGGCGAUUUUGUUAUAGAUUAAAGUAUGGGGAAACUCAUGAAGGCUUUUGGUAAGGGCACUUCUGCUGCUUGUGUUGAAGAUUGUGAAGAUUCAGAUGGGGAUCCUUUUGUCCCCAAUGAUUUUGUCGAGGAUGAUCCUUUUCAAGCUUCGGAGGAAGGUCAUAUGGAUGAUCCUGAUUUGGAGAAAGCUUUGUAUGAGUUCUACGUGUCUCAUAAAGUGAAUUGCUUAAAACGGAAGAUUACAAAUGCUGGAGCUCGCAAUGUGAAGCGCAAGAGGUCUUCUGAUUUUCCUGUAGCCAUUACAUUCACUAGAUACUCUGGCAAGUUGUUCUCCACCGUUAUUGGUGGGCUUGUCUCUUAGGCAAGUCCGUGUUCUUCAGAGCUACAGGGCAGAUUGCCUUCUCAAAUUUGUGAGGACAGAGGUGCCUCUUAGGUUUGUCAAAUGGUAGUGUCCAAAUUUGAUCUUGCUUCAGAGAUUCAGAUUAGGAAGAAGUUUAUUCCGAUUCCCAAAUAUGUCAAACAUGACAUCUUAGAUGUUCCUGUUGAUGGUGAGCCCAUUAUGUCCGAUGCUGAGGCUGGGCGUGAGUUUAUCUUGUCCCAUUUCAAUGUGACCAGCAUCCCAUCGGUUUCUUUCUUCUACAAUACACUCAAAUCUGAAGAAUUGCCUGAUGAAGACAUUUUCAUCUGCUUCAUGUGUAUUUCCUUGUCCACUUUCUUGUGUCCAAAUUCAAGCCUUUCUCCUAGUCCCAAAUAUCUCCAUAUUUUCAGAGAUUGUAGUUCUGUGAUGAACUAUGAUUUAUCUAGAUUGGUAUAUGAGAGUCUCCUUGGCAAUAUUAAGAAGUUUAAGGAUUCUAUGAAGGUUGCUUCUAUGAGAUCAAUGACAUUUGGCGGUUGUCACUACGCAUUCGCUGUGAGUCUUGAUUUUUACAGUGUAAAUUUAGGUAGAAUUACAGUGUAAUUGUAGGUACAUUUACACUGUAAUUCCUACUAUAUUUACACUGUAAUUGUAGGUCGAUUUUACAGUGUAAUUCUAGGUCGAUUUCACAGUGUAAUUCUAGGUAAAAUUACAGUGUAAUUCCUACUAUAUUUACACUAUAAUUGUAGGUCGAUUUUACGGUGUAAUUCUAGGUACAUUUACACUAUAGUUCCUACUAUCUUUACACUGUAAUUGUAGGUCUAUUUUACAGUGUAAUUCUAGGUACAUUUACACUGUAAUUCCUACUAUAUUUUACGCUGUAAUUCUAGGUAGAAUUGCAGUGUAAUUCCUACUGGAUCUACACUGUAAUUCCUACCGGAUUUUCAGUGUUGUUCUUAGUGUAGUAGAUUUUACAGUGGAUUCAAACUGGAUUUACAGCGGUAUUUAUAGUGUAAAUCUUAAUGUAAUUUUAGUUGAUUUUAUAGUGUAAUUUUAGUGGUUUUUGUCAUUUCCUUUUUAAUUGUGUGUGGUUAGUUUUAGAUUAGAGAUGGGAAAUUUUUGCCUUGUAAUGUUGGGUUCUUUUUCUCCUUUCUCGCUGCUUUGCCUGUGUGGGUUGUAAAGGAGGCUAGGGGAGCUUGGCUUUGAUGUAAUUUUCACGGACCUUUUUUAGGUGAACUUGGUUCAAUCCGUACUUCUGUAACAUGGUUUGUACUUUGUCUUCCUUUUGGUUAAGCUAUUCUUGUAGCAAAGAGAUUGACAAUUUUGGUGUAUUUACACUGUAAUCUUUAUUGGAUUACAGUGUAAUUCUUAGUAGAGUUACACUAUAAUUCUUUGUGGGUUUUACACUGUAAUCUUAGUGUUUUUAGCCUGAUUGUGUUACUCAUUUUUUCUGAUAAUUUCUAUUUUCAGUGUUUAUGUUAAUGCUAAUCAAUAUUCAGUGUAAACAAGUAUCAGUUCAUAGCAGUUUACACUUCCAAAGUUACUUAUAUUCGGUCAUUCAACAGGAAGUGUCUAAACUAGUAGAUCAAAGUUUCUUAACAGUGUUUUAGUUUUUUAGUUUCCAAAGUUUGUGGAAAUAGUCACAUAUUCUCUCAACUGCAGUAAUCCUCAACCUUGUAUAUUUUCAACUAGUUUUACCUAAAUGGAAUUGCUAGCCUAGUAGUGUGUUUUUGUCCCUUGUAUUUUCCCCUAAAUGGAAUUGCUAGCCUAGUGAUCUUUGAGUGUGUUUUUGUCCCCUGUAGUGUGUUCCUAUUCUGCAAAUCUAGAAACCAAUGAUCUGGGCAUCUAGUUUUCAGUAUAUAGUGUUCUUGUGAUCAUAGACUAGUAGUACUUGCGACCAUGUUCUAGUUGUUCCUAGGAUUUGUGCUGGUUCUUUCUUAGUGUGCUUCUGUUCUUUUUCCAUCUGUUCUUUCUUCCAGAUUUCUUCAGGCAGGAGGGAGACGAUAGGAGGUGAUGAACGCAUAGGAGGGGGCGAGAAGGGGUGUUUACCUAUGUUUUUCCUGCUUCUCUAGCCAUGUUGUUGAAGUUUGUGUACCAGAUCUUGGAGGAAUCACCCUCUCUGGUGGUGCUUCUUCAUGUUCGUCCACGUAUAUGUGGUUGUUCCAGUGCAUUUGUCAAUGCAGUUAACUUUUUUGAGUGGAUUUUACACUGUAAAACUGUUGAAAUUACAGUGUAUUUAUUAGUGGUUUACAGUGUUUUUUAUAAGUGGAUUUGCACUGUAAUUUCUAUCUAGAUUUACACUGUAAUUCAUAUCUGGGUUUACAGUGUAAUUCCGGCUGGUUUAUAGUGUACUUCUUUGUCGAUGUUGCAACUUCGAUAUGAUUUACACUGUAAAUCUUAGUUCAAUUUUGGUGUACUUUUAGGUUAUUUUACACUGUAAUUCUCAUUGGAUUACAGUGCAUUUUUAAGUGGACUUUCCUUUGUAAUUCAUUAGUGUAUUUUGUUAGUGUAAUUUUAGUACUUCCUCAGUGGAAUUUUUACUGUUA